AUGUCUUCCGCAAAUUCCCAAACGGCCACUGAUACCGAUACUUCAAACGCAGGACCAUCGGCAUCCAAGCCCACACCGUUGUCGAUCCAAGAAUCCGAGCAAGGCAAUCCACCAGCGCACGCGGCCCGGUUUGCCUGCAUUGACCUCUGUAACUUCGAUUGCAUCAGACUAGCCAACUUUACCGCCAGUGAGAUAGCGGACGUCAAUCGAGUCAUCACAGAGAACUGGCAUAAGGGCAUGCGAAAAAGCCGUCGUUAUGGCGAGUCGCGCGAGAUCCAACUCUAUGGCCUCUCUUGGAUGGGCUCCGCAAGUGGUCAUGACGAAUCUCGCUUGCUGGUGCUUCAUAGCCUCGUCUUCCGUAAACAAGUCACAGUCCCACCACCUUGCCACUGGAUCACUAUUUCGUUCGACUCGUAUGGCAAGCUCAAGAUUAUCAACAGCCCACCCCCAGAUCUAGUCGCUGCGGUCCUUCGACUCUUUAAACUGAAAAUUCGGCAACAAGAGGUUACAGGUGAUCGCCUAAAGAUCAAGCUUGGGACUAGUGCUUGGGCGUCCACAGGCCCUCAUGCUGUGAAAACGCAACUCAAGUUGCUUUCACUGCUUGAGACUCUGGAAAGUUGCGGCUUCUCCCUCUACGCUACCCUUGGCACGGAGAAUGAGCGAGAUGUUCUUAUUUGUUAUCGGCGGCAAGGCUGGAUACAGGGAGCACCAGUCAUGCAUCGCUAG